AUGACUGAAACGGCGACCUCAUCUCGACUACACUCCAACUCGCGCUCCUCGAGGCCGACCACCACUCCCGCCGCACGACCGCCGAACAACCAUCCUGGCUCUGUAGGCCAGACGAUGCCUCCUCUUCUCUCCCCACGAACACCCCGCCAACCCUCCAUCCCGAGCGUCAACACGCCGAGUCCGAACUACUUCGGCUUCCAGACCGAAGAUGCCUCUUUCCCAACCAAGUCUGCCCAACAUUCCAACGGCAACUGGAGCCCGCCAUCCUCCAAGAAUCCCGAUUACGAUGCCUUCAGACGCCAGUCGGAGGGUAAGGCGUUCAACUUGGGCGGUUUGGGCAGCAACUUCAGCAUGAGCAUGCCUGCGCCGCCUAAGCCGGACAGUCACAGACGCACAUCGAGUAAGGUUCAACAGCCGAAGGAGAAAGAGACGACAGCGCACAGGAGAAAUCUAGAGCCCGGCGUGGCGGAGCUGGGGCGGAGUCCUAAGAGGGUGCUGUCGCCAGGUUCCAUGAUUCUGCCGGAGGAAGUUAGGCGCGCAUCGCCGGCCAGCUUUACGCAUAGCGAGUCUGGAGAGAUCAAGGAUGCCACGCUGGACAGUCAGCCAAGGUUCGCGCUGCCGCUGGACAAGAAGCCGCAGACGCCUAUGAGCAGUGAUGUCAAGCCCAGAGCAGAGACAUUGCCGGCAUCGACAGGGUCUGUAGAUGCGCAGCCGAUGGUCACCGCGCAACACGUCGUCAAUCUGCUGGAGGCAAAGCAAGUCUUACUUUUGGACCUGAGAGUGCAGACUCAGUAUGCAAGGUCGCACAUUGCGGGUGCGCUGAAUCUCUGCAUACCAACGACACUUCUGAAACGACCUUCUUUCAACGUCCAGAAGCUUGCAGAUGCCUUCAAAGACGAAGAACAAAAGCGGCAGUUCCAGCGGUGGCGAAGCAGCGGCUACAUCAUUGUGUAUGACGGAUCAUCCUCUUUGAUGAAGGACGCGACCAUCUGUCUUAACACGAUCAAGAAGUUCAAGAGUGAAGGCUACGACGGCACGCUUUACAUUAUAAAAGGCGGCUUCACUGAAUUCUCUCGCCGCUUCCCAUCAUACAUUGAGACUUCAUUCGACUCUGAUCAGAGCGACGGCGUCGACAGCGAAGGUCCUGAGAUUGCUCCUGUUAUGGGCGGCUGCCCUAUGCCAUCUACUGACAAGCCUGCAAAUCCUUUCUUUGGCAACAUUCGCCAGAACAUGGAUCUCAUCGGUGGCGUGGGCCAGAUCGCUCUCAAACACCCCAACCAGUCUUCCAAAUCCGUCGAGAAAGACUUUCCGGAAUGGCUUCGUCAGGCUGCCGAGGAUGCAGACCAAGGCAAGAAAGUCGCCAGCAAGUUCGAGCACAUCGAACGGCGAGAGAAGAAGCGGAUGGAGGACGCGCUAUCCGGGAAGGUGUCGUAUGUCGGAUCACAAACGCCGAAGAAGCAGUCACCGGGCGGGCCAGCACUGCAAAUUGCAGGCAUUGAGAAAGGCGCGAAGAACCGAUACAACAACAUCUGGCCGUUUGAGCACUGUAGGGUGAAGCUGCAGGGUGUACCGACCCACACAUGCGACUACUUCAACGCGAGCUUCGUGAAAGCGGCGUGGAGCAGGAAGCGGUACAUAUCCACUCAGGCGCCUAUACCGGCGACUUUCAACGACUUCUGGAAUGUCGUCUGGCAGCAGGACGUCCGCGUCAUCGUCAUGCUGACGGCAGAGAAGGAGGGUGCGCAGGUGAAAGCGCACAACUACUGGACGCCCAAGAGCUACGGCGGAUUGAAGCUGGAUUUCCUGUCCGAGAAGCGCGCCUCCAUCGAUCUGGCACGCAUCCAUCGGCAUCGCCACCCCAGUAGCACUACGACCCAACGCCCAUCGAUGCAGUCCCGUGCGUCUGGCCCUCAGAUCCCGCAUACCCAGCUUGACUCAUCGUACAAUCCAGAGCGCUCGGAUGAGCCCCACGUCAUUGUCCGCCGCUUCACGCUCAGCCACGAACGCUUCCCAUUCGAACCCAUCCGGGAGAUCACGCAGCUGCAGUAUUCCAGCUGGCCUGACUUUGGCGCACCAGCGCACCCUGCGGAUCUGUUGGGUUUGGUCGAGCAGUGCGAUAAUGUGGUCCGGCAGACGGGGACACCGCGAGGGAGUGACAGCAGCACUGGGAACGGCGGGAGAGCGAAUGGAGGUACAGGAAGUGCUUCUGAGCCCGUUGGCGCGGAUGUGAGGCCUGUGCUCGUGCAUUGUUCGGCUGGGUGUGGUCGGACAGGGACGUUCUGUACCGUCGACUCAGUCAUCGACAUGCUGAAGCGACAACGGAUAUCGCGAGAAGAGGAUGCCAAGGAGAAAUCCAAAGUUGCGAGAAGAGGUGGCACGCCAAUGGAUAUCGACAGUCCUCCACCCAAAUCCACCACCGUCGCCAGAACACUCGCCGCUUCCAAGAAUGAAAAAGCAUCUGGUGGUUUCGACUUCUUCACCUCCACAACCACCGCCCCCGAACCCUCCUGGGACGACGGCAUCGACGGCGCCUGGGUGCAACGCGACGAUCUCGAUCUCGUGGAGAAGACGGUGGAGGAUUUCCGUCGCCAGCGAAUCAGCAUGGUGCAGAGUCUGCGGCAGUACGUGUUGUGUUAUGAGAGCGUGAUGGAGUGGUUGGUGGAGCAGCAUCAGAUGAGAUGA